GAUUUUCUGUUCACUCCAAAGACGCAACAGGCAGAACACCCCUAAUUCAUGCUGCUGUAAAUUGCAACUUCCAAGCGGUGAAGGGUCUGAUUAAGAGAGGAGCAGAUCCGUCCCUGAUGGACAAGGGAGGAUGGAUUGCGUUACAUUUUGCCGCACAGGGUGGAAACACUGAUUUCAUUGAUCUUAUCCAUGCUCACUUGCCGGACAUUGAGUCCAAGACGGCCGAGGGUCACACGCCACUAAUGGUGGCGGCUUUCACCGGAAAAUUACACGCAGUGAAAUGGUUUCUUGAGAAGGGGGAAAAUGUAACCUGUGUUGAUAACAGAAGAUGGCAUAUGUUACAUUUUGCCGCACAAGGAGGAAAUACUGAUGUCAUUGAUCUUAUCCAUACUUUUUGGCCGGACAUUGAGUCCAACACAGCCGAAGGUUACAUCCCACUAAUGGUGGCGGCUUUGACUGGCAAAUUGCACGCAGUGAAAUGGUUUCUUGAGAAGGGGCCAAAUGUAACCUGUGUUGACAACAGAAGAUGGAAUAUGUUACAUUUUGCCGCAGAGGGUGGAGACACUGAUGUCAUUGAUCUUAUCCGUACUCACUUGCCGGACAUUGAGUCCAAAGAAACCAAUGGUAACACGCCACUAAUGGUGGCGGCUUUGAAAGGCAAAUUACACGCAGUAAAACGGCUUCUUGAGAAGGGGGCAAAUGUAACCUGUGUUAAUGACAGAAGAUGGAAUAUGUUACAUUGUGCUGUAAGGAGUAGUAACCCUGAUGUCAUUGAUCUUAUCCUUACUCAUGUGCCGGACAUUGAGUCAAAAGCCGCUAACGGUGCUACCUCUCUAGUCAUUGCUGUUCGUUGUGGCAAGUUGCAAGGUGUAAAACAUCUUGAGAGGGGAGCCAAUCCUUUGAGCAAGGAUAAUGACGGUCAGGAUUCUUUAUAUCUUGCCUCAUCACGUGGCUCAGAUGUUCUUGACUUACUGCUGAGUCACGUAGACAAACGUACGACAGGGGUUAGCAAAAAGGAUCCAGAGAGGCUGUCAAAGAAGAUCGAGGAAGUGCGGGAGCCACUUGGGGGUCGUCUCAAUAUCGAAGGUGAAAAGCUCACGGCUUUUGACAAGGAAAAUGAGCAAUUUAACUUGAAAGCCUACAAAAUAUUACUCCACUGGAAACAGAAGGAAGAUUCAGCUGCAACAUUUGAGGUCAUGUAUAAUGCCUUGUGCCAUCAAAUUGUAAAUUGA